CCCCCUCCCCCCCCCCCCAAAUCUGCUCGAAAACACCACAACCCACCAAAGAUGGGCAAGCGAAAGAAGGCGGCCAAGGCCCCGACGAAGAAGAAGAACGAACCCCUCGCGACCACCUUCCCGUGUCUCUUCUGCAACCAUGAGAAGUCCGUGACCGCGAAGAUCGACAAGAAGGCCGGCGUCGGCCACCUGUCGUGCAAAGUGUGCGAUCAGUCGUUUUCAUGCAGCAUCAACUACCUUUCGCUGCCGGUUGAUGUGUACUCCGAGUGGGUCGACGCGUGCGACACCGUUGCGCAGGAGAACAAGGAAGCCAACGCGAACCGCCCGAGGAGUUUCGCCCCCCCAGGUCGAGCCGGAGAACGAGAGAGAGUCGAUGAUGACCUGGAUGACGAGGAUGCCGAUCGCCACAAUGGAUACGGAGGGGAGGGCAUUGUCGAUGAUGAUGAGGACGACUACUAGAGGGCUACGACAUGUACACUGAGUGGGACUGGGAGGGGAUACAGGCGUCCACUUGUAUGGGGAGAGAGAUCAAAGGGCGUCUGGCGUAUCAGGGCAAAAACAAUCUAGCUUUAAGACUUUCGCCUUCAUUUUACUGUAUUUCGAUAGGCUUCUCGGGUUGCUCUCGUCGACCCGAGGAUAUCUUAAUUUGAUUAGGAAGAGCAAUCUACAACGAAUUGAUGGCUGUACAAUCCCU